AAGUAAUAAUGAAAUAAAAUAUCAUUUUGCCUGAGGUCUUUCUAUAUAUCUUGUCUCUUAAGAUCUAGGGUUUUUCCAUUUCUUCUCUCAAUAGUACUUACAUCUAUAUUAUGCCUUUUUCGAGGGAAAUAUAGUUUCUUAUUAUUGUGAUUCAUUACACAGUUUCUCUUAAUCUGUCCAAGCAUGAAAAAGAUAGAGAAACAGAUAGAAGAAACUCACACAAGACAAGAUUAUUUCAUUACAGUUCUAAUAUUAUUCACUACUAUUAUUUCAUUACGGUUAUUAUUAUUACUUAAUUAAGGCUUGUUAUUAUUAGGUGGUAAUUAAAGAUCUAAACUUUAUCAUGAUGAUUAAGAGUAGUAGUAUUAAUAGUAGAUCAAUAAGUAGUAGUAGUAGUAGUAGUGGUGAUGAUUCUGAGUAUUCAAAGACAAGAUUAGAAUAUGAAGAAGAUGAAGAUGAAGAUCAUGUUUAUCAAAGUGGAGAAGAGAAUAAGGCUAAUAUUAAUGGAGGAUUGAGCUCAAGCAAUAGCACAGUGGAAGAGGAAGACAAUAAUGAUAAUAAUAAGGUCAAUAAAUCAUCUUCAUCAGUUAGGCCUUAUGUUAGAUCCAAGAUGCCAAGACUUCGAUGGACUCCAGAUCUUCAUCUUCGUUUUGUUCAUGCUGUUGAAAGACUCGGUGGACAAGAAAGAGCUACACCCAAGUUGGUUCUUCAAUUGAUGAAUAUUAAAGGAUUAAGUAUUGCUCAUGUCAAGAGCCAUUUACAGAUGUAUAGAAGCAAGAAGAUUGAUGAUGCAGGCCAAGUUAUUGGCUCACAUGAUCAAUAUCAUCAUCAUAGGCAUCUAGUGGAAUGUGGAGAUAGAAAUAUUUACAACUUCAGCCAACUUCCUAUGCUUCAAGGAUACAAACAAAUUAGCCAUAGCUCAAGCUUCAGAUAUGGAUUUGGUGACCCUUCAUGGAUAAGUACAACUAGUUCUUUUGGCAACUUAAGGCAAUAUUCUAGAGCUGGAUUUUAUGCUUCAUCAGAGGCUGAAAGGAAGAACAUCUUAGCUAUUAAUAAUACUAAUAAUGCUUGCAAUUUUAUUCCUUCAAAAAAUUACAACAUUAGUAAUACCAUUUCUUCUAUCAUCAAUAAUCAUCAACAUUCAUCAUCUUGGAGAAAUAAAGCUCAUAAUAACAAACUCAUCAUCAAAGAUAUUAUUGAUGAUCAUUCCUCUUCUUUAAGCCCCCUAAUUGACCAAAACUCCAUUGCUCAUCUUCAAGUGAACAAACCAAAGGAGCUCACAAAUUUUCUUACUAGUAGUAAUAAUAAUGUUACACAUUCUGAUUUAGUAAUUAGCACUACUACUACUUCUACUUCUUCAAUGAAAAGGAAAGCUUCAUCAGAUUCUAAUGAUCUAGAUUUGUCUCUAAGGCUAACUACUACUACAAAUACUACUCAUCAUAAUAAUGCUAUUGUGGAAAUUCAUGAUCAUAAUAAGAAAAAAAGGGUUAUUAGUUCAUCAAGUGAUGAUCAUGAUGAAGUAGUUGAUGAUAGUAGUUUAUUAUCUUUAUCUUUGAACUCAUCAUCAUCAAACUCUUCAUCAAAGCCUAGCAAAAAUCAUCAUCAUGGUGAGAAGGAAGUGAUAAUUAAGAGAGCAAGUACUCUGGAUCUGACUAUAUGAAUUAAAAUAUUAUUAUUAAUAAUUAUUCUAAGUGAGAUCUUGUGGUACUUGUUCUAAAACAAAUGUUAUCUUCAUCAGCUUUUGAUUUUUUUUUUCUUUUUUUUUUCUCAAUUCUUGUGUACUAUCAUACAAAUCAUCAAUAAAAUUGAGCAUUAUUACUUC